GGCUACUCAAUUACUGGAACGUCUAAAAUCAAGAAUUCUCAACAUGUUAAGUCAACCACACUUGAAUUUGGAUUACUUCCAGUAUGUUGUCAACCAAGAGGCAUUUAUUAUGACAGCUGCCUCUAAUACCUUAAACAUCCCAAAUGAAAUUGUGGAGUGUCUUUUAUGCCUGCAAAGUAAGAUCGACUCAGCUGUUUUCCAAGAGAGUCCCUGUGCCUUUGUUAGAGCUGGAGGACGAGGAAGACCAAAGUUCAUUUUUUCUGAGGAGCUUCUUUCUCGGCUCAUCAACAUCCCCUUACCAGUGUCUUGCAUUGCCAAUAUGUUGGGUGUCAGCCAAAGCACAAUCUUCCGGCGUAUGCGUGAAUGUGGGUUGUCCACAAGAUCUACCUACAGCAACUUAUCGGACAGUGAACUAGAUGAUGCUGUACUGUCCAUAAAAAGCAGGAUCCCAAAUGCAGGCUACAGAAUGGUUAAAGGUUGUCUGCUAGCUGAUGGCCAUAGAGUUCAGUGGGAUCGCAUCAAGGAGUCCAUGCACAGAGUUGAUGCUCCAGGAAUUUUGGAAAGGAUGACACAGCUGGGGUGCAUAGUGAGAAGGUCCUACUUUGUACAGGGGCCUUUGUCAUUAGUCCAUGUGGACACAAACCACAAGCUGAUACGGUACAACAUCAUCAUAUUUGGUGGAAUAGAUGGAUACUCGAGAAAGAUUUUCUAUCUGGAACCAGCAACGAACAACCGCUCAAGCACUGCUCAUUCAUUUUUUCUGAAGGCAGUAGAGAACUACGGCUGGCCUUCCAGGGUCAGGGCUGAUCAAGGCGUUGAGAAUAUCUUAAUUGCUGAAACCAUGUUCACUGUUAAAGGAACUGGAAGAGGAAGUUUUAUAGCCGGGCGGAGUGUACAUAAUCAAAGAAUCGAACGUCUGUGGCGAGAUGUCUGGACUUGCGUGACACACCUUUUCUAUGAAGUACUUCACAGUCUCGAGGAGGAUGGCCUUUUGGAUUUGGCAGAUUCUGUUCAUCUGUUUUGUGCCCACUAUGUCUUCCUUCCGCGUCUGGCAGAGGCCCUGCACAGCUUCACAGAAGGCUGGGACAACCAUCCCUUAAGGUCAGAAGGUGGGCUCUCUCCAAACCAGCUCUGGGUUUUGGGUCACAUGAAUAAGCCUUGUGACCCAAAUAAUGAUGUGCAGAACAUGGAGCUAUUUGGAACAGACUGGGAGAUGUUUGAUGCUGUGCAAGAAGAACCACAUGGAGUUGAAGUCCCAGAAAUUGACUGUCCUCUGGAUCCACAUACCAUGGAAACUGUACAGACCAUGAUAGAUCCAUUGGCAUCAUCAGAAUCAUUUGGCAGAGACAUUUACAUAACAAUGGUUCAGUGGUAUGAAAGUCUGAGGGCAACACAAGAAAUGACUGAGCUGUAA